CCAUCCUUCCUUUUCUUUCCAAAAGUUUCAAUCCCAAACUAGCCCUUAAGCCUAGGGUUUAAGCCCGCCACUCCGACCAAAUUCCACAUAACGGCACCAGCAGCACCACCACUAUGAAACUAACUUCACCCGUGAUAAUCGAGAACGCCCACGACGACUCCAUAUGGACGGCCACGUGGACACUAGCCCCAGAAGAUUCUGCCCCUAUCCUACUUACCGGAUCGCUCGAUGAAACCGUUCGGCUCUGGGACCACAAAAAGGACAGUUGCAUCCGGACUAACACCGGCCACUGCCUCGGCGUUGUCUCCGUCGCCGCCAAUCCCUCCUGCAGAAUGGCAGCCUCCGCCUCCAUUGAUAGCUUUAUUAGGGUUUUUGAUGUUGCUUCCAAUAAUACCAUUGCCACCCUUGAAGCUCCCCCUUCUGAAGUCUGGCAGUUGCAAUUUAACCCUGAGGGUACAAUCUUAGCUGCAGCUGGAGGUGGCAGUGCCUCAGUCAAGCUGUGGGAUACAGUUAAAUGGAAGGAGAUAGCUACAUUGUCAAUCCCUCGUCCCGAAGGUUUGAAGCCGUCUGAUAAAAGUGGCAACAAGAAGUUUGUUCUGUCAGUUGCCUGGAGCCUUGAUGGAAGACACGUUGCUUGUGGUUCAAUGGAUGGAACCAUCUCUGUUUUUGAUGUAACACGAGCCAAAUUUCUACAUCACCUGGAAGGUCAUUGCAUGCCUGUUCGCUCCCUUGUAUAUUCACGUGUUGAUUCUAGGGUACUAUUCUCUGCUUCAGAUGAUGGCCAUGUGCACGUGUAUGAUACUGAGGGGAAAACCUUGAUAAGUACCAUGUCGGGUCAUUCAAGCUGGGUGUUAAGUUUGGAUGCUUCUCCGGAUGGAGCAGCAAUUGCAACAGGCUCAAGUGACAAGACGGUUAGGCUGUGGGAUUUGAAGAUGAGAGCGGCUACACAGAUACUUUCGAACCACAAUGAUCAGGUUUGGGCGGUUGCAUUUGGACCACCAGGGUCCUCUCUGCUUGCAAGUGUAUCUGAUGACAAAUGCAUAGCAUUUUAUCAGUACUCUUGAGAAUUGAUUUUGCUCAAAGCACGGAGGAUUAAAGCUUUAUGUUAGUUGUUGAGUCCGCUCCACGUCGCUUGCUGUGAUGAUCAGAUUGUAUCAUUAAACAUAUAGUUUGAUAUCCCAAAAUUUUAGCUAACAAAAUACAAAUUCACUUGUGCAA